AUGCUCCCUUCUUUGAUUCAACCCUGCUCUUCAGGGACUUUCCUGAUACUGUUGGUGUCAAACUUCUUCCUGUGGGAGAACGUGUCCUCUGCACCCAUAAAUGCCAGUGAGGCUGCCAUCAGUGACCUGAAGGACUUGUUUGAUAAUGCCACAGUAAUUUCUGGAAAACUGGCUAAUCUUGGUUUUGCCAUGCGCAGAGAGUUUUUCUUCAACUCGUUCUCUUCAAACAUGUUCAAUAAGUUUAUAUUAGAUUUGCACAAAAGUAAGGAGAAAAUAAUCAAGGCUUUCAACAGCUGCCACACUGUUCCCAUCAAUAUUCCUGAAACAAUCGAGGAUGCCCUAAAGACAUCGUUUGAAGACUUUUUGAAAAUGGUAUUCCACACACUGAUGGCCUGGAAGGACCCUCUGAAACAUCUUGCGACAGAACUCAGCGCUUUGCCCGGAUGCCCUGAUAGUAUCCUAUUAAAGGCCAAAUCCAUUGAGGCUAAAAACAAAGACCUUCUAGAAUAUAUCAUAAGAAUAAUAUCCAAGGUUAAUCCUGCAAUCAAAGAAAAUAAAGACUACCCGAUCUGGACAGAUUUGGACUCCCUGCAGGCAUCUGAUAAAGAAACUCAAUUUUUUGGUAUUUAUAUGUUUUCCUUCUGUUUGUAUAUGGACCUAGAAACAGUUGAUUCUCUAAUCAAUUUCAUACAAUGUCUGCUACUUUAUGGUGAUGUCUGCUAUAACUCAUAUUUUUGA